AUGCAAACCUGAUUUCAAGGCCUAGCUGAACUGGUGGUUCAGUUCAACCAAGCAUCUAAUUAUCUAACAAACUAUUAUCUAAUAGCUAUUCUAAAUAAGCUGAAAAUAAAAACCCAAAGUCAAGAGAGAAAAAAACUAUUUAAAGAUUUAAAAUAUUUUGCUUGUUAUAUAAAGGUAAAUAAAUAUUUAUUAUAUCAUGAAACGGCUUAUAAUCUAUAUGAAUAA